AUGUUUUUCUCCAGGGUCCCUUCGGUGUCAGAGGAUGUAGCCAGAGAUGCUCUGCUCAAAUUUGUGGAAUCCAAAUGGAAUUACAGCUCCAAACCUGCCAGGAACCUCACCUUCAAAGAUCUGCAGCCCAUCACAGUGUACAGGUAUCGACUGGAGACCUACACCGAGACCAGAGCCAGCGCCUGGCAGUUUGAGCCCUACAACGGUCAGACGGUGGACGGUCCUCAGUACGGUAUGAGCCCCGCGCCGUGGGACAUCCCGGUGUCGCUGCCUCAGAGAUACGCCGACAAGGUGGAGAAGAUCCGAGUGCCGCACGCGUCGUUCGUGAAGGUGUGUCACAAGUGCAAAGGCUGCGGGAGAACUCGCUGCACCGCCUGCUUCGGCAGAGGCCAGAAGCGCUGCACGUUCUGCCACGGCCGCGGCCGUAUCAGGAACAAGCACUGCACUUCCUGUCAUGGCAGAGGUCGAAAGAGGUGUUUGAGCUGCCACAGCCACGGCUACAAGACCUGCUCCGUUUGUCUCGGCAGCCAAAACCUGCUGCACUUCAUCCAGCUCACAGUGACGUGGAAGAACAACGUCAGCGAGUUCAUUCCCGACCGCCAGCCCGACUUUCCUGACAGGAAGUUUGAGAAGGUGUCGGGAGACGCUUUCUUCAUCGAUGAGAGUUUGCUGGUGUAUCCUAUCCAGGGUUUCCCGGAUCAGGAGAUCUGUGACGUUUCAACAAAACUGAUUAACGAACACCUCGAGCGCUUCACCGCCACCAGCCGCAUCCUGCAGCAGCGUCAGAGCAUCGAGCUGGUGCCCCUCACGCACGCCUAUUACACCUACAGCGGGAAAGACUACAGCUUCUUCGUCUACGGGCUGGAGAACAAAGUGUUUACCUCCAAAUAUCCCUCAGCGUGCUCCGUCCUGUAGGCAGCACGGUAUCGAUAUUUAAUCCCACGACACAUAUAACCGUUUUAGUUUUGUAUGUUUACUUAAGAAUCAGCUUAUUUUUGACAGGAUUCUCCUCCAAAUCACAGGGAGCCAAACUUCUAAGAUAAGUGGCCCCAAAGCUGUCGCAGGUGUCGUUCAGUCAAACGUGUUGAUGGAUUUUCACUAUAAAAGUUUCCAUAUAUCCGUAGAUAAACUUUGUUAUGCAUGUUAGUUAUUUUAAUCAUGAAUCAGUAUGAAUUAUACCUCUGUCUCUAAUCUGUUAUAAUCCACCCACUGUGUGUGUGUGUGCCCUAACAUCUACUUCCUGUUUACCAUCAGGUUAUUUCCUGUUGCUGCUGGUGCUUUCUUUGUGCCAUUCAGUGCUAAAUGCUUUUGUUCAGUACAUCAUCAGGUCAGAUCACUAAAGUUAACGUGCACAACCUGGAGUUUAGUUGUUUAUGUGUUUAGUCUUCAGACGUCUCAGACGUCCUGUCACACUCAGGGUUGAUUCUCUUAUUUUAUGGGAUCUGCACGAACCUCGUUUUACUGCUUUAAACGUUUGCUUUCAGAUACAGUCAGACUCGUUUCCACACUGUUACUCUCGUUUGACUCUUUGUUUCCUUUUAACGUUAAACACGAGUGCACUUACAGCGUCAGGUUCAACUCGAGACUUUUCUUUUCUCAUUGAGUGUUUUUAAAGAAAAGUGAUUAAGUGAGAAAAUAACUGGCAGAAUAAUCAAUACUGAAAAUCAUCGUUAGAAGGAGCCCCGCCCAGAACAUCACAGAACACGAACGACCAAAGAUUUUUAACCUUUCUGGACGUUUUCACGAUAUUUGUGCUCGUUUUGGUGUCUCACUCUCGUCUCUCUGUGAUUGGUUUUGGUUUCUCUGAUGUCAUUUAAAUCAGUUUUUUUGCAUAUUUUUGUGAUUUCAGUCUGUUUUUUGUGUGUUUAUGUUUUUGUCAUUAUCAGUACCCUUGUUGAAAUAUUUAGUCACGUUUAUUCAAUUUUUUUCUUUAAAUUUUUUCAUAUUUGUCAUAAUUUUUUUUGUCUUUGUUGUAAUUUUUAGCUUCUUUGUUACUUUAAGUCUCUUUAUUGCUGUUUUGAGUGUUUUCAGUCUUUUAGCUGAGCUCGGUUCAGGUUCUUCCUGACUCCUUUCUUCAGCCUCUUCAAUCAUCCAUCCAACAGUCCAGGUCUUGUUAGGCGAUUAAUUGCAGGGAUGGAAUCGCUGUUAUAUAAAUAUACUUCAAUAGUAAAGUGUAAAGUUUUGCUUGAUGGAUAAACAUCAUUGAAUUUAAUCUGGUUUUUCUGGAGCUGUAAGGUGAUUCGGUGCAGGUUCAGCCCAGCAGGUCGAGCAGGCGACUCGUGUGUCGUACGGCUGUUGCCUUAAAGUUGUUGUUUUUUUUAAGUCUACAUGUAAAAGAAGAGACGAAUCUUCUUCGGGGCGGGAAAUGAACUCCAGGCCAAAUUCCUGAAGAUUAAGUGCAGCAGUUUACUGCCAGCGAUGAUAAAAUGCAGCUUCCUGUCUGAAGCAGUUUGAACCUGCGUGUCAAUUUCUAAUGAUGUCAUAAGUAGGGACUGUUUGUGUACGUUUUCCCCUCACAGCUUCUGUAAAAUCCGUCCAGUGUUUGAACAUUUUUCCUGAAGUGACACAGAAAACGUGUCUCAUGCUGUAUUUAACAUUUGUACAUCACUACAGACUCUCAUGUGUACAGCUCAAAUAACAUUUUGAUAUCUUUUAUUGUUUUAAAAACUAUAAAUCACCUGCUAAUGUUUGCAGUAAAGUUAUCACACAAAUAAAAAUGUUUUUAUCAUCA